AUGAAGCAGACAUCCCAACAAGCCGGCCUCGACCGCCGGCUGCGCGCCGCCGUCCUGAUCGCUGUCGCCGAGGCCGUCCUCGCCCCUCUCCCGUCGGCCGCCGAUGAGCGCCGCCGCCCGCACGCGCAGGCGAGCCUCCAGCUCCAGGCGAGGGCCGCCAGACGCGGCGGCGCGCAAGGACUGCUUCAUCAACGACAAGAACGGCCGCAAGUGGCCGUGCUCCCGCCGGGACGACCCGGCGGCGAACAUCACCGUGUCCCACUGCCGGAUCGAGAACCACCUCGCGGCGGAGAUGUUCGUCGACUGCGACAACUACAUCAUGCCCUACUUCGUGGAUCCCGGCAGGACGCUGCGCGGCCGAACUUUAACGUGUGGCCCGUGGGGCCCAAGGUGACCUGCGAGUGGGGUUGCGACGGGAACGUGAUGACCGGGAUGGUGGUGUGGGACGAGCAGUGGCCCGAGGCCUGGUCCUGCCGGAAGGACGGCAGCGACGGGUGGUGCCAGCUCGUGUUUGAGCGCAGCAGGGAGGUGGUCCUCGUGACGACCGCCGGGAGGAGGGUGCUCGGCGACGUCGCCAUCAAGGAGUGCCGCAACAACCUGUGGGGGUUCGGCGGGUGGCUGCCGUUUGGCCUCGGCUGCACCUACCCCAAGCACGACCACCAAUACUAUGGUAUAGUCAAGAAAUAGCUAGCUAGCUAUCUCCAA